AUGACGAUGAACGCGCCGAUGAGGAGAAUGAGAUCGAGCGAGAUUGUGAUGGAUGGAGCGCCUAAAGACUCUGAUCGGACUGUUUUCGUCGGAAACCUUUCUCAAGACGUCGAUGAAGUGAUCUUGUAUGAGCUAUUCACACAGGUUGGACCUGUUGAGAGGAUCACACUUCCCUUGCACGAUGAUCCAGGCAGUGACAGAGUAUCUCACAAAGGAUACGCGUUCGUACAGUUUGCAGACGGGAAAGUGAAUUCUGCAAGGCAUUCGGUGGUGUACGCGAUGAAGGUGAUGAACGACAUCUAUCUGUACGGGCAGCGGAUUAGGGUAUCGAGAAGCAACAGCCGUGCCGGCACACAGGAUGAAAGUUUGUUGGAACCUCCUCUCCUUCCGGGAGAUGCUGCGAUGGUCGAGAUAUGA